GUGACGUGGGGGGCUGGCUGAUGGUGUAUGGCGGGAGAGAAUUACCAUGGGUAAAUGUAUAAUGAAUCGUCGAAAAUCUAAAGCCCUGACUACGACUUCCCUCGACCCAGGAGUGGGGAAGAGGGUACACUACAUAGAAACUAUGGCACGAUCCAAAUCAAAGCCAUAUCGACCUCAGGAUUUGAUUGAGGCAUGCAGAUAUGUGAAAAAAGGGGAGAUGUUGCUUGUAGACGCAUCCAGAAAGUUUGGAGUACCGAGGUCCACCAUCUGGUAUAAUGUAUAUGGCCGUUGCAAGAAUGGUGAUAGUCAACCCCAAGUAGAAAAUUUGAGGGAAAGCAGAACUAAAUCUGGAGAAGAAAUUGGGUGCACAAUGACUUCAACAAGUACCAAGAGUAAGGUUCUGUGUUGCUUUUGUGGCAUAGGAAAUGAGCGAGAACUGGAACUAGGGAAGCUGUACACAGAAGAAAACAUUUCUGUACACUAUUACUGUCUGCUAUUCUCUAGUGCAUUACCUCAAAAUGGAGACGAUGAAGAAGGUAUUAUGGGUUUUUUGCCCAAAGACUUGGAGAAGGAGAUACAACGUGGGAGAAAGCUGUCCUGCUGCUACUGUUUCAAGAGGGGUGCAACGAUUGGCUGCUCGGAGAGGAAAUGUCGGAAAACCUAUCAUUACCCCUGUGGGAUAGAGCAUCAUGCUCUUUUCAAAUUUACCAAUGAUUUCAGAUCAUAUUGUUCUCAGCAUCGUACCUUCCAGAAAGGGAAAGGGGCUGGAGAGGAAGUGCAGUGUCCUAUAUGCUUGGAGGAGUUAAUAGCAGAUCCAAAGACAGCAGUUUGGGCUCCAUGCUGUAAGAGAAAUUUUUGGUUCCAUAAGCUGUGCCUUCAGAGAUUAGCUUUAAGUGCUGGGUACUUCUUCAAGUGUCCACUAUGCAAUGACAAGGAACAAUUUGCAGUUGCAAUGCAAAAUGUUGGCAUAUAUAUUCCUGAAAAGGAUGCCAGCUGGGAACUGGAACCAAAUGCAUAUAGUGAGCUCCUUGAACGUCCUAUCCACUGUGAUGCUCCAAAGUGCAGGUGUCCUGAUGGGCGCAAGAUUGACAAUGAUGGCUCGAGAUGGGAAAUUCUGCUGUGCAACUUGUGUGGGUCAACAGGUGUUCAUGUGGCUUGUGGAGGAUUGUCCUUCAGCUGCGUAGAGUGGACCUGUCCAGUAUGUGCAAGUAUGGUUGCAGAAAGUGUAAAACGUACCCAACAGGAAACUCGCGAGAAACGUCUCAAGGAAAGAAAAGAUAAAAUCAGACAUAGUUCAGGGGAAGAUGAGUCCACCUCAUAUGAGACAGCUUUAUGUAUGAUGUCCUCCAGUAGUGAAUCUCAUUCUGUAAAGUGUGGUGAUGGCAGCACUGAUGUACGAGACAUACAUCAGACACCCUGUAAAAGAAAGCUGGAGGUUAAGGACAGUAUUGAAGAAACUCCAUCAAAGUUUUUUUCCAUUGAUGAAGGCUGUGUACUCAAAUUAACCGGCAAUGGUGAUUCAGAUGAUGAAAUUGAUGUCGAGUCGGGGGAAUGCCAGGUUCCUCCUCAUACUAUUAUUAGAGAACUUGAAGAACAUGGGGAGGAACUACCUAAGCUAUUAACGAAGGUAAAAAACUCUGCUGUUCGAGCACAAGAGAGAAUGUCGGAGUUACGCUUAACUGAAAUUGAAAUAGUGAAAAUGGCAAAAGAGUUUUCUCAGUACAAAACAUUCCCUUUAGACAAGUCGGACAUCAUUAGGUUUUAUAGGUACAGUUUGCCCUUUGAAAAGAUGUUGUUUGUUUUAAAACUAAUUAAAGUAAUUUUUGCCCUCCGGGAAGCUGCUGUUGAAGUUCAUUCGUCUGGAAAAAAGCAGAAGAAAGCUAAAGGGAGCACACCAGGCAGGCGAUCAAGAAGACUUAAUUCUCCAAAAACCCCUAAUAUAAAAAUACCCUUCCUGAAAAAUGCUCUAAAACAGACGGUGAUUGCUGCAAGGAGGUCACCAAGGUCUGUAGAGAAACUUGAAAUUAAGGACCAUGAAAAUUCCACUGAGAUAGACUAUGGUUAUUUACAUGCUGUCAAAAUGAAACUUUAUUCAUCACUGGAUCAUGAAAAUGGGGCAAGUGAGAAGUUUAAAGAGGACAUAUCUAUAGCAGAUCUUAAUUCUGCUGCUUUUUGUGCUGUAUCUCCCAUCCAACCUUCAGUAGCUCCUCAGACUGUAGAGAAACCUGGAAUAUCUGAGUCUACUGAUACACACCGAAGAGAGACCGGGUUCAAGUUUUCUCCUGAGGGAGAAGUUGGGCCUGCUGCCUCCUCAUUGUCAGAGAGACUUUCAACGAAGGAUGAAAAGAUGACAGACCAAGGCAUUGUGGAUAAAGAAAAUACCUAUUCCAGUCAGAAGAAUAAUAAUGAUAUUAAAGAUCAGGAAGCAAACACAGUUGGAGCCUGCCGUAAGCUGUCACUAGUGUGUGCUGCCCACGACGGGGAACCUGAGGAUUAUGAUGAUCCCGGUAAACAAGCAUUUGCUUCUCUUAUAUUGCCAGAUAGGUAUGAAAGUGUACUGACCCCCAAACCACUGGUAUCAAAUCCCAUUAUCAAUGAAUUAAUGGGAUCUGUUGCUGAAAAAAAGUCCGAAUCAGAGAAAUGCACAACCCAGAAUUUAACUACUGCGGCUGAUGAAAGUCAUAAUAUUACAAGUUAUGAAAAGUUAAAAAAACCAUUUACACUACCUUUUAAUUCUGAUAAAUAUCAGAUUUCUGAGUCUAACAAAAGGAAACGAACCAAAUCUCGUUCCCAAGACCAGAAAAAGUAUAUACAAAAAACCCUCUCUCCUUUCUUUUUGAAGAAUAAGAUUCUAAGUUAAGGUACUGUACUGUUUAUCUCAUGCAGGAUGGGUAGAGAGGCUCUCACUGCAGUACUGUACUCUCAUUCGAGUGUAUGAGCGUUGAUCUUGAGGAUGAUUAUUUUUUUUGCAUAACUUUCAUCAUUUACUUGUUGAUGUCACCGUCCACACAUUUUCCCCUCCGAUUAUUAAGGUCAAUAAUUAUCCAUCAUUGUAUCUGAAUGUUUUUACUUUAUGAGGCUGACCCAUAUAACAUCAGUAUUGUAAAGGUGUACAGUUACCCACCAAAGUUCUAUCGCCUCUACUCCUGAACCAUGAACCCCAAGAUUCAGACUCAUGGACCAGAAACAGUAGACACUGAUGCAUUAUUCUAUCCAUAAAUGUUUCAGGUUUACGAGCCUAAAUCUCGGGGUUCAGGAGGAGAGGCGACAGGACUUUGUGGGUAACUACAUUUUCCCAUAACUCCAAUUAUUAAAACGUUAGUGUACACAAUGAUAAUAAGACACUAAUAAACACAACAAGUACAUGCAGUACAGUACAGCAAUAAUUUUAUAUCUGUACUUGGAGAGAAACCAGAUGAGAUUUGAAAUAAAAUGGACGGUAUGAAGCACUAAGCUAACAACAUAAACCUAUUACUGUAAUACACUGAAUGCCAUUAUCUAAUUAGAAAUAUGUUGUUCUCAAUGGAAAAAAAUCCCGCUCUUGACCCCUGAUGAGUUAUUGCAUUAUCCUGCUUUGUUUACCGUUCAUGGUGCGAACACUGCGGUCACAAAUGCCUCGAGCUAUGAUGGCACUGGUUCAAGCAUCGGGCCGGGUGUGCUCUUUACUCUUUGUAUAAUAUCGAUUGUAUCUUGCUUUCACAAUGCCCUCAAACAAACACCAAAGUGAUAGAACUGAGUUUAACGUCACUAAAAGGAAACCUACAGUGCUAAGUGUAAAAAUAAAUGUACAAUUUUGUGAAAACUGGUCUAAACACAGUCUCUGAGAAACUGAAAAUUCAACAGCACCGUGAUUUCACUGCCAUUUUAGAAAAUUCCUUUUGAACAAUGCUGAAAGAGUUUUAGCAGUCAUUCUCUUCAUUAACCUUUUGACCUGUUUGUACUGUAGCUUUUGGGGUGAUCUUUAUUUUAUCUUGUUUGGGUAUGAUUUUUAAUUUAUUUUUUUCUUGUGGUAAGAUAAGCAAAAGCUUCAAGAGAAAUACCAUAGAUGUACAGAAAAGGACAUAAUUAGGGAGCAGCGGUUAAUAACAAAAUAUUAAUGGGUUAAGUUGAGGGUAGGAGGGCCAGGGGAAGGUAGAGACUGUGAUGGAUGAAUGAAAUUAAAAACUAUGUCCCCCAGAGAUACAAAACCUUGGAGGAUUGGUAAAAACAGCCUGAGAACAUAUUUUAGUGUAGAGGACUGUGGUCGCCAAACCUCAUAUAUGAAGACAGUAUUCUGAUAAAUUUAGGGUAAGAGUUAGCACAAAGGUGAAAUUUGGGUCAUCUCCUUUUGUACUUUAGCUUUGAGCAUUUUUAUGGGAGUUUUUGAAGAAGAUAUCUGAGUGGUCUCUGUAAUUUAGCUUGGAAAAAAAAUGGUGAGUUGUGAAGAAAACUUGUCCUCUUUAGCAACCAUAUGACUGAGUGAGUGUGUCAGUACAGAUUGUCUCUUUGGUGGAAGUUCAUUCUAGAGGCUCUGGGGAGUUGGGCUGAUGAAUAGUGUGUCUGAUGACUUGUUUUAUGUAGAAAAUGUGUUGUACACAGGUGAUGUCAGUGUGCUAUACAGUACCUAUAGUAAGGUGAGACAUAAUGCAAAAAUUUUAUAGACUAGAUAUGAUAAUUACUGUAUUAUAUUGAACCAAAAAUAGUUUGCACUUGUUAUUACUCAUAUUUUCAAUUAUUUGUGAUAUUAAUUUGUAUCCUGUGCUAUUCACUUGACUUUUUCCUUAAAUAUCUUUAAGGAUAAGAUUUGUUAUAUGACAACUGAUUAUAGUUAGAACUACAGCAACUGGCAUCUAUUUUGCCAUUACAAGUUGGCCUAAGAGCUGUCAGGUGAACAUUGAGAAGAAUUGUUUGUUGUCAGCCAAUUCUCACCCAGCCUACAGUAGAGUAACUUACUUAGGAAAUAUUAACCCCCUUCUGUACAGGGUCCCCUCUGAGCUCAAUAAAAUCAUCUGGACGGUUGUGUUCAGGUUACAGCAACACUACUACCUGUAAAUACAAAGGUGGAAGUCAUUUAGUUGGUACAGUACUUGAGUUUUCCUUAUUCAUUUAUUGAUUGGGUUUUUAAAUCAAAGAAUAAUAAUUGCUAUUUAUUACCAUAUUUUAACAUCAUUUUAAGGUUUAAUGUGUGUACUGUUUCUGAAGUUAAUUAAGUUUGUCAGUAGGGACUUUACUGACAGGUACAGUCAAUAUGCUGUUUGGAUUAUAUUACACUGGGUACUUUGUAGAAGGUUUAUCUGUAGAAAUACAUUACAGAAGAAAUUUAUACUUUCUUGUUCAAUUAUUUAUCAAUUUGCUACUUUGUUAAGUGUUAUAAUUAAAAGCAGGGAGACAGAGCAGAAACAGUUAAGUAUAAGUUUCGUUGAUAUGAAGUGGGACGGUACGGAGCAGGUAAAAAUUUUGGAAACUACCAAGGCACACUAAUAUGCACACAAACACACAGAUGCCUACAGCCAAACACAAUUACAGUGAUAUCCUGUUAGUUGAAGUGAUUGGUGCAGAUCACUUCUCGGAAUGCGAUAUUUCCAGAUGUUGAGACAAAUUUCUCAUCCCUGGGAAAAAAAAUCCCACAUCCCCAGAAUUUUUCCGUGUUACGAGGUAACUUUUCCGAGAAAGGAAACUGCGCAUCUCGCACGGAUAGACACUUAUUGCACAUCCUUGGAAUGUUUCCGGGUGCUGGGGAGAGUUUUCCGAGAGUUCAAACUAUGCAUCUUGCAUGAACAGACAAAGAGCUAUAUUUAUUUACACAAACACCACUGUGCAUGGACAAAAUAUAGUAAAUAAACAAAAUAUACUACUGUACUGUACCCACCAGCAGAUGCUGUCUUUUGGAGCUUGUGAUGCAGGCAGGCCAAAUGGUGAUGAUACAGGAUGGCCUGCCUUUGUCCUGUUCUAUCUACUGUAGCAAGUGUCACUCCUCCUCCAUGAAGGAGGGAUUGUACACACACUGUAUACUAUACAUACACCUGUACACACUAGUCUACAGUAGGCAUUGUUUAAUGUACAGUCCUGUACAGUAUACAUAACUAAACACAUUUUACAUCUAACACUGUAUUUUGCCAGAAAUGCGCUUGAUUUUCAUCCUUGGAAACUCGUUCCCAUGCUGGAAUGGAGAAUUUUCCUUGAAUCUUUCCAGUUCAAAAUCAAUUAUGACUAUUGGAGACUUCUCAGGACUGGCAAUUCUGGCUAACAGGCAGAUUACCACAAACACACACUUGCUCUUUGAAGCUUUUUUUUAAACCUGUAUAUAUAUACAGUGAACCCUCACUUUACGCGGUUAAUUCAACCCACGGCGGCCCGCGUAAAGUGAACGUUACA